AUGGAAUCUCCGGGGCUGGUCGCUGUAGUGGCACUCUUCGUCGUCGUGGCGGCUGCCGCGGCCGCCGACGAUGCUCAGCUGCUGGAGCAGUUCAAGGAGGCCGUGCCGAGCCAGGCCGCCGCGGGCCUCAGCGGGUGGAGCGCCAGCGACGGCGCCUGCAAGUUUCCAGGCGCCGGCUGCAGGGGCGGUCGGCUCACGUCGCUGUCGCUUGCCGCCGUCCCGCUCAAUGCCGACUUCCGGGCCGUCGUGGCCACCCUGCUGCAGCUGGGCAGCCUCGAGACGCUCAGCCUGCGCGGCGCCAACGUCAGCGGCGCGCUGGCCGCCGCGCCGAGGUGCGGUUCCAAGCUGCAGUCGCUCGACCUGUCGGGGAAUGCCGUCCUGCGGGGUUCCGUCGCCGACGUCGAGGCGCUGGCCGCUACCUGCGCCGGGCUCAGCGCUCUGAACCUCUCCGGCUGUUCGGUUGGUGGGCCGAGGUCUGCCGGCGUUGUCGCCUCCGGAUUUGCCCGGCUGGACGCUCUCGACCUGUCCGACAACAAGAUCUCCGGCGAUGGCGACCUCCGGUGGAUGGUGGGCGCCGGCGUCGGCGCAGUCCGCCGUCUGGAUAUCUCCGGGAACAAGAUCUCUGCGCUCCCGGAGUUCAGCAACUGCUCCGGGCUGGAGUACCUCGACCUCUCCGGCAACCUCAUCGCCGGCGAGGUAGCCGGCGGGAUUCUCGCUGACUGCCGUGGCCUGAGAACGCUCAACCUCUCAGGCAACCACCUGGUCGGCCCGUUCCCGCCGGACGUCGCCGCCCUCACCUCGCUCGCCGCACUCAACCUGUCAAACAACAACUUCUCCAGCGAGCUCCCUGCCGACGCUUUCACCGAGCUCAAGCAGCUCAAGGUGCUCUCCCUCUGCUUCAACCACUUCAACGGCACCAUUCCGGACUCCUUGGCAGCGCUGCCGGAGCUCGACGUGCUGGACCUCAGCUCCAACACCUUCUCCGGCACCAUCCCUUCGUCCAUCUGCCAAGGCCCCAACUCCAGCCUCCGCAUGCUGUACCUCCAGAACAACUACCUCUCCGGCGCCAUCCCGGUGUCAAUCUCCAACUGCACCAGGCUCCAAUCUCUCGACCUCAGCCUCAACGACAUCAACGGCACCCUCCCAGCAUCCCUCGGAAAGCUCGGGGAGCUCCGGGACCUCAUUCUGUGGCAGAACUUGUUGGAGGGCGAGAUUCCGGCGUCCCUGGAAAAUUUGGACAAGCUCGAGCAUCUCAUCCUCGACUACAACGGGCUCACUGGCGGCAUCCCGCCGGAACUCUCCAAGUGCAAGGAGCUGAACUGGAUAUCCUUGGCGAGCAACCAGCUGUCUGGUCCGAUUCCUGCUUGGCUUGGGCAGCUCAGCAACCUGGCCAUCUUGAAGCUGAGCAACAAUUCCUUCUCGGGGCCAAUACCGGCUGAGCUCGGCAACUGCCAGAGCUUGGUCUGGCUGGACCUGAACAGCAACCAGCUUAACGGGUCAAUACCGGCGGAACUGGCAAAACAGUCUGGGAAGAUGAACGUCGGCCUUGUCAUUGGGCGGCCGUAUGUGUAUCUUCGCAACGACGAGCUGAGCAGCGAGUGCCAUGGCAAGGGGAGCUUGCUAGAGUUCACCAGCAUCCGACCUGAAGAGCUCAGUCGGAUGCCGAGCAAGAAGCUGUGCAACUUCACUCGGGUGUACAUGGGUAGCACAGAGUAUACCUUCAAUAAGAAUGGAUCCAUGAUAUUUCUGGAUUUGUCAUUUAAUCAGCUCGACUCAGAGAUCCCGAAGGAGCUUGGGAACAUGUUCUACCUCAUGAUCAUGAAUCUUGGGCACAACUUACUGUCUGGCGUCAUCCCACCAGAACUAGCUGGUGCCAAGAAGCUUGCGGUACUCGACCUGUCACACAACCAGUUGGAAGGGCCUAUUCCCAACUCUUUCUCGACGCUGUCCUUGUCAGAGAUCAACCUUUCAAACAAUCAGCUGAAUGGUUCAAUUCCAGAGCUCGGUUCGCUGUUCACAUUCCCGAAGAUUUCAUAUGAGAAUAACUCUGGUCUUUGUGGCUUCCCACUGUUGCCAUGCGGGCACAAUGCAGGCUCAAGUUCUUCCGAUGACCACCGAUCCCACCGGAACCAGGCUUCACUCGCAGGUAGUGUUGCUAUGGGACUCUUGUUCUCGCUGUUCUGCAUAGUUGGUAUUGUCAUCAUAGCCAUCGAGUGCAAGAAGCGGCAGCAGAUCAAUGAAGAGGCAAGUACCGCUCGUGACAUAUACAUUGAUAGCCGGUCACAUUCUGGGACUACCAAUUGGAGACUCUCUGGUACUAAUGCCCUCAGUGUCAACCUUGCUACAUUUGAGAAGCGACUGCAGAAACUCACCUUUAAUGAUCUUAUUGUGGCCACGAAUGGCUUCCACAAUGAUAGCCUAAUUGGGUCUGGUGGUUUUGGGGAUGUCUAUAAGGCCCAGCUCAAGGAUGGAAAGGUUGUUGCAAUCAAGAAGCUUAUACAUAUGAGUGGCCAGGGUGACCGGGAGUUUACUGCAGAAAUGGAGACCAUUGGGAGGAUCAAACACCGCAACCUUGUUCCGCUCCUCGGCUACUGCAAGUGUGGUGAGGAGCGGCUGUUGGUUUAUGAUUACAUGAGGUUUGGCAGCUUGGAAGAUGUGUUGCACGACCGAAAAAAGACCGGGAUUAAGCUAAAUUGGGCUGCAAGAAAAAAGAUUGCGAUUGGGGCUGCAAGGGGAUUGGCAUACCUCCACCACAACUGUAUUCCACACAUCAUCCAUAGAGACAUGAAGUCAAGCAAUGUGCUUAUCGAUGAGCAAUUAGAGGCAAGGGUAUCUGAUUUUGGUAUGGCAAGGAUGGUGAGCGUGGUGGACACCCAUCUGAGUGUGUCCACUCUCGCCGGCACUCCGGGUUAUGUGCCACCAGAGUACUACCAGAGCUUCAGAUGCACUACCAAGGGCGAUGUGUAUAGCUAUGGUGUUGUAUUGCUCGAGCUGCUCACUGGGAAACCGCCUACAGAUUCAACUGACUUCGGUGAGGACAACAAUCUUGUAGGAUGGGUCAAACAACACUCAAAGUCGAAGCUCACAGAUGUGUUUGAUCCUGAACUGGUGAAGGAGGAUCCAGCCUUGGAGCCCGAGCUACUGGAGCACCUAAAAAUUGCUUCCCAGUGCUUGCAUGACAUGCCAUCGAAGCGUCCGACAAUGCUGAAAGUCAUGGCAAUGUUCAAGGAGUUGCAGGCCAGUUCGGCGGUGGACUCAAAGACUUCAGAAUGCACAGGCGCCAUGGAUGAUGCAUGUUUUGGAGAUGUGGAGAUGACGACCCUGAAAGAAGACAAGGAGGAGAAGGACUAG